AUGUCAUACUUUAAAGUAAAUAAAUCAUCAGUUUUAUUUAUCUAUUCUUUAUUACUAUCCAUUAUACUUGUUAGUGGUGGAUCGCUCUAUGGAAUCAGAGAUCCUCCCGAUAUGAUAUCGGAUUUACAAUUUGUAAAACUAGAAUCUGAUGGUUUAACUACAACUCUCUUUGAGAAUAAUAUGUCAGAUGGAUUAUAUUCAACAGUAGAUACCAACACAAAUACAGCCUAUAUCAUUGUUGAAAAUGUUACAAUGUAUAGUCAAUUUAGUUAUUUGUUAACUGUUGAUCUUGAAACAUUUGAACCAAGACAACCUUAUAUUAAUGAGUUACAACCAUAUGAUCUUGCAUACGAUGUUCAACUCAAGCAGUUGAGUAGUGUAUUCUAUGAUUUUUACAACAAUACUAUUGUAAUUGGAAAGAUUGAUCCUGUCGAUGGAAACUAUACAAUUUGUCCAGAUUUUUCAAUUCCAAUCUUUUGGGAGUUUCCUGCCAAUGUAACAGCUACACAAAGUCAUUCACAUAUUGUACUCUCUGGAAAUGCCCGAGAUGUAAUUACUCUAUAUACCUAUAAUAUGAUCAAUGGAAAGAAUUCAUCCAUUCCACUAUCAGGUCAAUAUAAUGGUCAAUAUGGUAAUGUAUUUAUAUGUAUUCAUAAAAACAUGACAAUAAUAUUUAUUAAAUUUAAACCAUACUACCUCUAUCUCUCAUUGUAUUAUGAAGAGUUCUCAAAUGUAGUUUAUGUACCGGGAAUCAAUCAGGUUGUUGGAAUCAUUAAUAAUCAAGUAGCAGCAAUCGAUAUUGUGUCUGGUAGCUACAAGGUGUUGGCUUCUCUAAAUCUAAAGGUUAUUGAUUAUCUUGCGAUUACAGCAUACGAAUCUUUUUUAAGACAAGAUGUAUCAAAAUACGAUGAUGAUGAAUGGUGGUGGUAUGAAUGGUGUUGGUGGAGUGAUAUGCUACAACAGCAGCAGAUGCUACAGCAACAACAACAACAACAACAAUUACAAUAUCAACAACAGCAACACCAGUUACAACAACAGCAACUACAACAACAGCAGCAACUACAACAACAACAAGCUCAACAACAGCAACUCCAACAGCAGCAGCUACAACAAGCACAAGCUCAAGCACAAGCUCAAGCACAACAACAACAGCAAUUACAAAGACAACAACAAUUACAACAGCAGCAACAGCAACAACAACAAAUGAAUCAAUCAUUUGAUAAUUCAUUCUUUGGUGUACCAAAUAAAUUACCAUCCCCAAAUCAACAGCAGCAACAACAGCAGAUGCAAUUUGGCGUUGUUGAACCAGGAAAGAUUCCAUCGAUUAGUAAUGAAUCGAAAGCACAGUAUUCCAAUGUGUUUUACAAGGUUGGAGCUACCGAUGCCUCAAAGAUGCCCGGUAACAUUGCAAGACCAAUCUUUCAAAAGUCUGGAUUGCCCAAUGAGGAGUUGGCAAAAGUCUGGAUGCUCUCUGACUUGGACCACGACGGCCACCUCGACCGUGAGGAAUUCAUCAUUGCGAUGCACUUGAUCUACGCCAUCAAGAACGGAUUGCAACUACCACAGACACUACCAAAGUAUCUAGUACCCGACUCAAAGGUGAUCUACUACCAAUCGACCGCCACCAAUCAAAACGAUUGGCAAUCGUUUGCACAGACCAACGUAUCACUACAACAAAACCAACAACAACCGAUUCAACUAGCAGUAAAUCAACAAAAUCAAUUCAUUCAACAACCAUUACAACAACAACAACAGUUUUUCUCGAAUAACCCACAAGAUUUCGUACCGGCUCAAUAUAAACCGAGUGGACAUGUCAGCGGAAGUGCCAUUACAUUCGAACAAAGAGUAGCUUUAGGUGCUGAUUUGGAUGCUGCACUCAAAAAGAAUAAGAAUCGACACAAUUAA